GCUGACAGUAAAUUCCAAUUUCCGUCCGAGCCAGAGCCCCAUCGAAUAGAUACAUUCAUACGAGGGAAAUCUGUGCGAACUUUGAAGCUCUAUCAUGGCGACAGUUUCAGAUUCGGAAGAGAAGUCUGAGUUGUCGCCUGGUGAUGACCGAAAUAAAUCAUGGAUCGAGUACGGCGUUCAAGAAGCUCAGCUCAUGCAGAAAAACCUCGAAGAGGCUGUCAAUUCUGCCGUUGAAACCGCUGGCAAUCGUCUUUCUGAAAUUCGUUCCACAUCUUCUGCUCAUCUCCAUAUGACCCUAGAUAUGUUGCAAGAUAUGAAGUCUGAUUACCAUGCUUACGAGGAUGUUUUCUUUGGGAAGAUCAAAGAGGGUCUUAUUAUUGCAGCCUCAAAUCCAAUGGCUACGUGUGGGGUCGCAGCUGGUUUGGGAAUUUUGACAUUAAAAAGGCCACGGCUUUUCUUAUACCACAGUACUCUACGCCUUUUUUUGAGUGAAGAGGCCUUGGUUUCCAGAGCUGAUACCAAAGUCAAGGCGCUAAGACAAUCUAUUGAACUUAUGAAGGCUGAAAGUGAGAAGUUGGAGAAGAAAGCUUUACAAGCAGAAGAGGAAAUGAAACGGGGAAGAACAAAACUUAGACAGGCAGGAAAUCAGAUCCAAGAUGUAAUUCGUUCAGCUUAUAAGAUUGAAAGACAAGCAAGGGGCUUGAAAGAUGUUGUUGGAGAACUUCCUAGCAGACAGGCUUCUCGAUUCCGGUCACAGGUUUCUAAGCUUGCUUCUGAGACAAAGCGAGAAAGAAACGUCUUGACAAAAGAAGUCUCAAAAAUCAGUAACUAUGGAAUUUCGAUCUAAGAUGUAAAAAGAGAUGGAAUGCUCUCAUCUCAGCAC